GGGGCCAGUGCCUAACUCGUCGCUUUAAGGAGAUUGUUUAAGCGACCUUACCCUAGAAAUUACGAAACUUACGUUCGUAAGUCGCUUAACGCCGUCACUUGUUUUGCGUGCGCGUGAGUGGAUGAUGUGUGUGGAAUUUUGAGUUUUUGUGGAAUUUUUAGUUUUUUUGUGGAAUUUUGAGUUUUUUUUGUGAUUUUUUGUGUUUCGAAAUGGGGCCUGUGUUGUUGUUGUUUUUUGUGAAUCUGUUUAUGGUUGGGAGCGUGGAGUUUAGUGACACAUUGGACUCCGUCCCUCCCCUAUUUGACUUGGACGAUUGGGCGCGUUGCCGGCGCCCUGGUGACGUCUACUGUGUUCUCGAGGCUGCCCUAGUCUCUGGAGAUCCAGCGACGUUGCAGCUGCUAAAGGAUUACUCCUCACAAUCGCUACGCCACUUCAACAGGACGCUGGUUCAUCGUGGUGUGUGUGCCACGCGUUGCGAGGCCGAAGGACCGGUGGAAGCUCGAGCUCAACAUUGUGUCAAUGAGGGUCUGCGUCCCUAUAGAGUACAGGCACAGUUCAACAACACGCGGUCACUAUGCGUGUCACCAAAGGCGGCUAGUGGCAGAUCACGAACGCUGGCGGUGGUACUCCUCACUCUGGUCGUGUUAGCUGUUGUGGCUACUGCCACGCAUAUUAUAACUGAUCGAUUUGAAGUCAAAUGCCCCAGGUUCGUGCUGGCGUUCUCUUUGCGGCAAAACUGGCAGAUCUUGACGUACGACCGCACGAAGCCGCGUAGCGAUCAGCGGAUGGAAGGAGUGGCUUGUAUGGAGGGUAUUAGAGUGAUGGGUAUGCAAUGCGUCAUCUUCGCUCACGUGUUGCUGCUGACAGGGACCUCUUUUAUCGACAACCCGCAGUUUCUCGAAAAUAUUUACGAGACAUUUACGGGUCAAGCAGUAAUGAACUCUCCCGUGUGGCUGCAAGCAUUCUUUUGUCUGUCAGGCUUCUUGCUGGCCUACUCUACUCUUAUUAGCGUGGAGACCAAGCCGUUCACUCCUUUGAAGGCCGUUGUUGGCGUUGUUAAUAGAUGGAUGAGAUUAACACCAGUCGCAGGCAUCAUGCUAUGGUUCACCAUCAGCUGGCUCCCAGAGCUCGGCUCAGGUCCUCUGUGGGCGUGGUAUGUGGACAGUGAGGCUGAGGCCUGCAGUGAGCGCUGGUGGUACCACAUCCUAUAUGUCCACAAUCAUCUACCACUCAAUAAGCUGUGUAUGGGACACACUUGGUACCUAGCAGUGGACAUGCAACUCCACAUCCUGGGCAUGGUACUGCUGUUUGUGUUGGUGCGCUACCGCCGCGUGGCGCUGCCGAUCCUUGGGGCACUGCUGGCGUGCUCGGCCGCCGCGGCCGGCUUGGUAGUCUACUGGUACGAGCUGACGCCGAUCAUCACUGCACAGAGUCCUGAAGAUCUACGCACGCUCUUCUCAAAAUCCUUGAUACUGCCGAAGCUGUACCUACCUAUGUGGAUGAACAUGGCGGGCUACGCGUGCGGGAUGGCGGCCGCUUUCGUUCUGUACGAGGUUCAGAAGAAAGGCAUCAAACUUAGAGACAGCAAGGUUUUCAAUCUGAUCUUCCAUCUGUCCCUCCCCGUGGGCACAGUUAUCGUGUGGCUAGGCGUGUGGUUCCUCCAUGAAGAGCCCCCAGCCCAGUGGACUGCCAUCGUGUACAGCACGUUCGACCGCCCGCUGGUCGCUAUCUGCUUCGCUUUGUUCAUGCUUGGCUGUGUCACUAAGUGUAAAUCUGCUCUACGCACCAUGUUCGCGUGGAAAGGCUUCCAUACGCUGGGGAGACUGUCCUACUGCGUGUUCCUCACGCACUUUGUUAUCCUACGUGUCCUAGUAACCAGCAACCCGCAGCUUGGUCACCCUACCACAAUUUCUCUGAUAUCUCUGCUAAUAACGGCUUCAGUGCUAUCCCACCUGGCAGCUAUCCCUUUAUGUCUACUGGCUGAGUUGCCAGCAAUCGAACUCUUCAAAGCUUUAACAGAGAAAGAACGUAUACCAGCACCCGUGGACUUAGAUCUUGUGGUCACUAAACGGGCUGAGAACGCUUGAAAUUAGUUUGAUAAUAUAUUUUUUAAGUUUUCGAAGUCAUUUUUUUUAUAUAUCAGACAA